GAAGUGAAAUGUAAGAAUCGCGAGGAUCCACCGGUUGAUGGAUGCGGAGGGGGAUAGAUCGGGAUUGAUUGCGGAUGCCAAUGACAUGUAGUUUCCACGAGCGGAGCGCACGGUAUAGACCAUACAACUCAAGCUUCGGUUGUGAAAAACGGGACUCGCGGUCGUUCAAGGUAAUGGAGCCAAAUCUGGCGUAGAAGCGGCGUGACAGGAGCUCGGGAUCGCAUUGUGCGAGGAGGAACCCCACGGCUAUGUAGGAGGUGUCGACGGAAAGAAUGACAGGGGCAGUGGAGCGGUAGUCAAGAGGUCGAAGUGCAGGACCAAAGACGAAAGAGACCUCUUUUCGAUGCCGAGGAAGGCACGGACGUCUGAUAAAUUCUGACAUGGUCCCCAGUUUGCGAUCUUUGCGACUCGGUCUGGGUCGGGAAUGCGACCUGCUGGGGUACAGACGUGUCCUAGGACUGCGAUCUGUUCUGCGCAUAGAAUUGCUUUGGGACCGGAGAACGUGCCUCCGCAAUACUUCAUUCGCUGAACGAUGCGGUUUAGGUUCUGGAAGUGUUCCCAGACAAAGCGGCGGAUUCCGGUGUUUUCAGGGAUGGUCUCGGGCGAUCCAUCAGCAAGGGGAUAUUGGGACUCGGGGCCUCUAACAGGAACGUCGUCGAUAUAUGGGAUCGUGAACUCUGGGAUUUCUGGCUGGAGGACGAAGGCAGGGUCGUAAGCCGCUGUGCUCCAAAGGGGGUCUGGAACGUGAGAUCAAGGAUACCGCCACAGGCACGGCCUGCGAACUGCUCGGCCAGCUGAUCUGUCAACGGGGGCACGCCGGAGUGCUGAAUGGUAACAGCGUUGAGCGGCUCGAGGCUGUGGACAAGACGCAAGCUAGUGCCAUCUUUCUUGACGACGC